AAGCGGCCCAGGAGGUCCCGGGCGCCCCGUGAGCCCCAGGCGGGGAGGCGGCUGCCCAAGAGCCGUCAGGCGCUCCGGGCCGUUCCGGGUGGGCCAGCGCAUCUCCCUCCAGGAUGGCGCCCGGCCUUCGAGGAAGGAGCCGGCCAGCUGCAAUGGGACCCGCAGGGAGCCCCCGAGACGCCGCCAGGGCCAGGAGGGAGGCGGGAGGCGGGAGGCGGGAGGAGGAGGGCGCGUCGGAGUCUGGCCCACAUCGCCGCCGGCGCAGAAGGACCGAAGGGGCCGGGAUUCCGGGGCUCGCCCCGUACGGAGGCUGCUGCCCUAGGCAGUCGACGUGGGGGAUCCCACAGAAGCCGGCGGGGUCCUUGGCCGCCUCGCAGAGCGCCGAGAGGGAGAGGCCUCCUUGUUCCCCAUCUGCUGCGGUGGAGAGCCGGGAAGGGCCGUGACAGGCUGGAGGACGGAUGAUCGGAGACCAGGAAUGGAAGGAAGCUUAGGAGGAACUCGGUGGGAGGCGCAGGGCUGGCUGAAGAGCGUUCUGAGGCCCAGGUGUCCACCUGAAGGGCCACCGGGCGGAAUAGCUGUGGAAGUAGGCAUUCCAGCAAGAAACUGUCUCGCGUCAGAAGCCUCCUGGGCGCAAUCGCUCAUGUCCGCUCAAUACCGUCCAGUUGCUGAAUUUGCCCAUUUACUGAAUUUCCAGUCUGAGUGAAGUCAGUUGGGCAGUCGGCCUCCCUUGGAAGAGCUCAGGUCUUCUCUGCAGGCAUCAAGGGUCCUUGGGUUCAAUUCCAUCCCAGGCCACCAGGAGGUAUGAGGGACCCCCAGGGCCGCCUGGUCACAGCUGCCGCCGAUUUCACCCCCUGACCCAUAGUAGAAUUACCUAAGGAUACUGCCCUGCCACAUCGGCCCCGCUGCUGCCCCCCAAGAGUGCGAGCCAGCUAAUGAGGCUUGAGGUGUGGAUGUUCUGCUUCUGGAGAUGGGGAGGGGCUCCACUGGGAGAGCGGGUGGGCAUCCCCUUUGGGAGCCUGGAGGGCAGUGGAAAGCCAGGCGGUUCUUCAGUGCCCGCAUUGUGAGGUAACCAGGGGGUCACAAAGGGCAGAGCUGCCAGGGGCUUCUAGCCCUGGAACGCUGGGAAGCGUCACCCGGAGGGCUUGCCUGGGCCCACACACCAGAGCCUGGACCAAGUGAGACCCAGGGGUGGAAGUGGGGAAUCUGCCAUUCCCGCUCUGCUCUCCUCCCUCAUGCAGAUUGGGCUCGUCAACUGGACGGGGGGGUAUCUCACCUGCGAGUGCUAUGGGGAUGAUGUCAGUGUCUUGGGGAGCUCGCUGGGAAAGAAACAGACCUGGAAGCUGAGGGUGACCACAGAGCAAGGGAAGCAGGACGUGGUGGCACUGGUUGGGCAUCAAGGGCAGUACCUCCUGGUGGAAACAGAUGGUACGGUGCGUUGUGGACGGCCGGUGGCUGAGAAGCAAAGCCGGUUUCUGCUGGAGGUCCAUCCGAGUGGGGCCUGGACCCUCCAGCAGCUGGAGAGCCAGAAGUUCCUGGAGUCUGAUGGUGAGGACGUGUUCUGUGUGGCCCGAGGCCUGACCGCUCACCACCUGUGGAUGCCCCAGCUGGCUGAGCACGUGCACGUGGUCCUCUUCAACCCCAGCAGCCAGCUCUACGCCCGGACUGACCCGGAACUGAAUCGGGUCUGGGUGGAUGCUCCCGUGCCCUAUCUGGAGGAAUGCAGCUUCCUCCUGCGGUUCAGGAAGGGGACCUGCCACUUGGAGACUUCCACCCAUAAGUUUGUCUCCAGAUCAGAGAAGCUGGCCACGAUGCCCUCCACGGAGACGGCCUUUCACCUGAACCUGAAGCCCGGUUGCCUGGCCUUCCUCACAGACAUGGAGGGUCACGUCUUAUACCCGCAGGGCAGCCGGGGGCUCCUCUGCCUUGGGGACCACCCAGAGGAGAACGAGGAGUGGUUUGUCAUCAAGCGGUGCCCACCGUGGGUCAGUCUGAGGACAAGAGCCAAUAGAUUCGUCAGCAUCAUUUCUGACUCCGAAGUCUACGCUGGUCCUAAGAAGCUGAGCCCAAUGUCCACGUUCCUCUUUGAAAUGGACUCCAUCACACAAACGGUGCAGUUAAAAGGUGUCCAUCACAAGUACCUGGCUCAGAGACCCUUCCGGUGCGUGCUGGCCAACGGGGCAGCCAAGGAGGCAGAGACCAGGUUCCAGGUCCUCUGGCAUUAUGGGAGGGUCUUCCUGAGAGCUCCUGGGGGUCGCUACCUGGGAACCCUGCCAGUGGGGCUGCUGGUAGCUCGAGCCACGCACCCAGGGCCCAACGAAGAGUUUGUGCUGCGCUUUGCCAAUCGCUCCUUCCUGGUGCUGCGUGGGCACUACGGCUACGUGGGCAGCUCCCCCUGCCGAGAGACCCUGCAGGGCAACCUUCUGGAGCCGGAGCCUGUGGAGAUCCUGCCUUGCAAGCAUGGCGUCUACCACCUUCAAAGCCGAGGAAAGAGCUUUUGGUCCCUGACCCCAGAAAGGACCUUCAGUCCGUGGGGGAAGUUUGCCUUGAACUUCUACCUGGAGAUCCAGGGGAACAACCUGCUGGCCAUCAUAGCCCCCAAUGGCUACUACGUGCGUGGAGACCGGGGCGGUUGCCUGGUGGCUGACAGUGAGGAGAUUGCCCAAGACUGUCUUUGGGAGUUCUAGCCUAGGAAAGGCCUUGUCUGAAAGAAGUGCCCCUGCCGAGCGGCUGUCUGGACACACUCUCUAGGGCGCUCCGCCAUUAUUUGUCCAGAUGCUUCAGUGGAGGCUGCCCGGUGGCUGAGGAGGAGCUUGUUGCUCUCCCCAUGAGCCAAAGGGGUCCCUCCACUCGCCUCCGAAAUCCCGUGGGGAGCCACUUGUGAGCUCUUUGCACCAAUGAAGUAGCUUCAUCCCUUUUGGGCCCCUGC